GCCCGAGGGUGAUUUCUGGGCCCACUUCAGGUCCUCCAACUAAACCUACUUUUGUAGCUAGAGCUCUUAGAGCUGGAAGGGAUUUUAGAGACCCUUUCAGGCGGAUGUUGAGGGCAACAGAGGAAAAAUAAAUUACCUGAAGCCACACAGCUAAUGAGACCUGGAAGUGGUGCCCGGGGUCUUCUGACUCCUAAGUUGGCUGUCCGCUGGGUCCCCUUCUUGGUGCUGUUCCUUGGCUUUUACGGAGACAGAGCAGAGUGAAGGGUGAGAAGCUGGGUCGGUGGAAGGCACAACUGUGGAACAGAUGGACUCCAUCCUCAAGGGCCAACCAUCGCUUCUUGUGGACCCCUUCAUCUGCUGAUGGUGCUGCCCAGGACCUGAGGGUUCUUAGACCACCCUUUCUCCGGUCGUGCUCCAGCUGUGUGUUCCUGAAUACGAUUCUUUGGUGUACUUGACCCUAAACAGUGAGACGACCGAGGCCUGGCCUGACAAGGAGCGGAGGCUGGCGAGAGACCUGAAUUAGCUAAGAGGUGACUGCUUGCACCAUGAGAGUCUACCCCAAGUAUCCAGCCAUACGAGGUGUGGUGUCUACCUGAAGAACAUUGCACUUUAUAAGGAAAGAUGUUGUCUCCAAAUGAUAAAAAGUUAGAAAAGCUAGAUCCGUUUUACCGACCUUCAGUGUCCGAGCAGAAGACUAGUGCAGAAAUCAUAAGUGAAGCACGAAAUGCCUUAAGAACUCUUAGGACCCAAAGACCAUUUACACCACGGGAAGACCAAAGAAAACUAUUUGGACAUGCAUCUUCAAGAACACCAGAAAAUAGACCCCCGUCUUCCUUCAGCAUCCAUGCAUCCAGUUUUGAGUCCUCUGAUUCCAGGCCCAUCUUUGGCACACGUCUCAGUCCACUAGAGCUUAAACCAAAAGCUCCAGCAUCUCCUGCCACAGAAGAGGAUCCCUGCCCUUCCUUUCCAAAACCCUCAGUGGACCCUGCGAAGAUUAGAAGGAUAAGCAGUGCCCGGGCGUGCUUACUCAGGGCGGCCUCGCAGGGGGCUCUUCUGCCAGACAGGACCCUUCCUCCUGCUCAGCCAAAGAAGAGAGUGGAAUCCAAAGAAACAGUUAUGAUGGGGGACUCUAUGGUGAAAAUACCUGGGAUUUAUUUAACAGAAUCAAAUGCCAUUGGCCACUUGAGUCACCCACUUCAGCUAACGUAUGACGGAGACUUCGGUGAAAUCAAGGAGCAAGAAAUUUUCAGAGGGACAGCAUCCUUGCCAUCUCAUCUCAGAAGUGGAGGGGACCAGGGGAAGAGGCGUUCAAGGGCCUCCUUAUGCUCCCGAAGCUCAGACCGGAGCAGGCUAGACACCAAAACAGACUCAAAACUCGACUUGCAAGAAAAGGAUACAGAAUUAGAAGUAGGUGAAGUCUUUUGGAAUACAAGGAUCGUACCGAUUUUGCGUGAAUUAGAAAAAGAAGAAAACAUUGAAACGGUUUGCGCUGCUUGCACACAACUUCAUCACGCUUUAGAGGAAGGAAACAUGCUUGGAAGUAAAUUUAAGAGAAGAAGUAUUCUCCUGAAGACCCUAUAUAAACUAGUUGAUGUUGGCUCAGACUUGCUGAGCCUUAAACUUGCAAAAAUUAUUCUAGCACUUAAAGUGAGUGGAAAGAAUCUUCUUAGUGUCUGCAAGCUUAUAUUUAAAAUUAGCAGGAGUGAGAAGAAUGAUUCUCUGAUUCAAAAUGAUGGCAUUCUGGAAUCAUUAUUGGAGGUCCUGAGAAGUGAAGAGCUGCAAGCUAACACCGAAGCUUUCUUAUACUGCAUGGGGGUGAUCAAAUUCAUUUCUGGAAAUCCAGGAUUUCUUCAUGAAAUGAUUGGCAAAGGUGCUGUUGAAAUAUUGAUGAAUUUGAUGACGCAAAUAAAUGAGAACACCAAGAAAUCUGACACAUGUUUGCCUAAUUCAGGCCACUUGUUAGUCCAAAUGACUGCUACGCUGAGAAACUUGGUUGACUCACCACUAGCAAGAAGUAAGUUGCUAAGCAUCAGUGCCCUUCCCCAGCUCUGCACAGUGAUGGGACAGUACAUAGGUGACAAGGAGGUCUGCACCAAUGUUGCCAGAAUAUUCAGCAAAGUUACUACUUAUCAUGACUGCUGUGUAGCCUUGGCCAACUACUCCAGAUGUUAUGCCUUGUUUUUGAAUCUGAUAAACAAAUACCAGAAGAAGCAGGAUUUAGUCGUUCGUAUUGUUUUUAUUCUUGGCAACCUGACAGCGAAAAAUAACCAGGCUCGUGAGCAGUUUUCCAAAGAGAAAGGGAGCAUCCCAACUCUGCUGUCUUUAUUCCAUACGUUCUACACACUGGAUCUGCAUUCCCAGAAGCCCCUGGGGGAAGGAGAAGAGAGGCCCAAGGCGCCGAGGCCGGCCCAGGCGGAGGACGUGCUCAUCAAGCUGACCCGCGUGCUCGCCAACCUGGCCAUCCACCCGAGCGUGGGCCCAGCCAUCGCCGCCCACCCGCGCAUCGUGGGCCUGCUCCUCGCCAUGCUGGAAUCUAAGUCCAUUGAUGAUUGUGAGGAGCUGGUGAUCAAUACUACGGCGACGAUCAACAACUUAUCUUACUACCAAGUGAAGAAUUCCAUAAUUCAAGACAAAAAGCUAUAUAUUGCUGAAUUGCUCUUAAAGCUCCUUGUGAGUCACAACAUGGAUGGAAUCCUGGAGGCUGUACGUGUUUUUGGAAAUCUCUCCCAGGAUCAUGACAUCUGUGAUUUCAUUGUGCAGAGAAAUGUUCACAAGUUCAUGAUUGCUCUGCUGGAUGCUAAGCGUCAGGAUAUUUGCUUUUCUGCCUGUGGUGUUCUUCUAAAUCUCACCGUGGAUAAAGACAAGCGUGUCAUCCUAAAAGAAGGAGGUGGCAUUAAAAAGUUAGUGGAUUGUUUAAGGGAUUUUGGUCCCACUGAUUGGCAGCUGGCCUGCUUGGUGUGCAAAACUUUAUGGAACUUCAGUGAAAAUAUCACCAGUGCUUCGUCAUGUUUUGGAGAUGAGGCCGCCAACACACUCUUAGUCCUGCUCUCAUCGUUUUUAGAUGAAGAACUAGCACUGAAUGGAAGUUUUGACCAAGACCUAAAAAACUAUCACAAACUCCACUGGGAAACAGAAUUCAAACCGGUGGCACAGCAGCUUCUAAACCGAAUUCAGAGUCAUCACACCUUCCUGGAACCCCUGCCUGUUCCUUCUUUCUAACAUGAUGCAGAUAAACAACAGAAACAGGAAGUCAGGUCUCCUUCAUUCUUAAGAAGUGGCAACAUAUGUGAACUUUUUUUCAGUAUUAACAAAUAUUGAAAGUUUUUCAGGUACUGAUUUUAGUGAGUAGUCUUAGUAUUUUAAAAGAAAUAAGCAUUUCUUCUUGUUAGAUAUUAUGGAAAAAUGAAUAUACAUGUUGUACUUUCUGCUAUGAGAAAUGUAAGAUGAAAAUAUAUGCAUGGGAUUUCUAAGUAAAUGACUUUUUCUUCUAUUCUCUAUUAAAUAAUUUAGUUCUAGUCUUAAAAUCCUGACUUAACAAUUCUAGAAUUUAAGUGCUUGUCAGUUCAGUAAAUGAACUGUGCAAUGAAGACUGUUAGGUUUUGUGUAUAGAAAGAAUGGUGGUCAACACUAUUAGGAAUACAUUACUACAUAAGCAUCUGCACUAAUUCUUACAGCAUCUAAUAAUAAUUUUCUGGUUAGGUACCAGUAUUUUUCUCGUUGUCAUAUUAAGAGAAGGGGUAAGUAGAAACGUUUAGAGAAGAUUGCUAGGGGCCAUCUACUCUUUACUAAAUAAGUAAAAUAGAUGGAAAAAGGAGUAUUUUACCUUUUUAUUUUCAUUUGAAGUAAAAUGAGUAGACCAGACAGUUCUUCUACUUAUAACUCUCUGUGACUAGGGAGGUGAUAUAAUGUACUAGAAAGAGUGUAGGCUUAAGUGUAUGGCAGAUCUCAGUUUGAAUCCUAGCUCUCUCCUGCUUGGGCCUUGGGCAAGUAACUUGACUUUUUUAGCUUCAACUGUAAAAUGGCAUUAAUAUCUAUUUUAAUAUCGUGUAGUUUAGGGAAAAAAAACAAAAUGGGCAAAUUGUCCAGUACAGUGACUGAUGUAUAGUAGGUGCUCAAUAAAUUAUGAUGGUAAUUAGUUUAUUAGUUUGCCACUCUUUGUAGGAUAAGUUUGGCCUUUGAAUAAAUGAUAAAAACCAAAGAAAUUGAGAUAACCGUUGUUAUCCCAUAUUAGCCAAAGGCGAUUUGGAAAUAAAAGUAGAUUUACUACUCU